CAUACACCAACUUAUAUGGGUACAAACAAACAUAAGGGAUAGUUUUUCAAAAUCACCCCUGCGUUAACGCGUACCUCCUCUCUUCCGCCGCACUCUCACUCAACAGCCCUCCUUUUCUCGAUAUUCCUCUCUUCCGCUCCUAAAUCCUAAGACGCCAAUGGCUUUGACCGUGGAAGUAGCAGUUUUCGUAAACACCAACUUGGGCACUCGCAUGGCCAUGGAUGUCUCACCAGAUAUCACAGUAAGAGACUUUAAAAGGAAACUUGAGACACAGCACUUCAAUUGUUUCUGGAAUUCAGGAGAGAUCCGAGUUUCCAGAUUGAUGGUCAAGCGAAAAUCAUGCUUGUAUCACCUGCCUGAUUCAGUGCCGAUGAAGAGUGCUUUCCGGGGAGUGAAAGGAACAUGGUUUCUUCAUGUGGAAGCAAGACUUUUGAGUGAUUGCAAUAGGCCAUGUUUACCUAAGUUUAGUAUUACUCAUCCUCUGCAUCCAGAGAAUAUUGUUACAAGCACUGCUAAGAGUAACACAAAAGGCCACUGUAAAAGGAUAUUGAGGGAAAAAUUAUUUCGAUGCCACAACCCUUUACUCGGAAAGCUCAGAAGACCUUUCUACUUUACAAAGAUAAGGAAGAGAAGAAAGAAAAUCUCCUCAGCAUACGAAGUGAAUAGAGUCCAAAUUGACAAGGAGAAAUUUCCUGAUUGUGCAUCUAAAUCAAUGAUAGAUGAGCCCACUCAUACUUCAUCAGAAGUAGUAUCUGUAUCCGGCAUUAUUCACAGAUACUUUUCAAAUCUUAGUGAAGAUGGCGUUCCUUCAAGUCCUACAAGGUCUGUUACAUCCAGAGUUGUUCAAAGUUGGCCUGAAGAACACUUGAAGACUAAAGCAGAUGAUAUUUGUUCGAGCAUACAAGUUAGCCCCUUAACCCAGUUUUCUGCCAAAAGGACUGCAAAGCCGGUAUGUUUACCGUCGCCAACUGGCUAUGGUCAAAGAAGAUAUAAGCUUAAUAAACCUGAAGUUGGAAAGCGUCUUGUUGUGGCGUCAUAUAGUCUUGGGAUUUCUCCAAGUAAGGAACACCCUGCAAUAUCUUUGCAGCUUCGAAGGUAAAAAAGUCUAGUUCAGUUUUUGAUAUCACUGAUGAGGUCUGAAAAAAAUAAACUUUUCAAAAUGCCUAAUUGCUCUGUAUAGCCUUUUUUGUAUUUCGUCUUUCAAAUUUUUUAGAAGCUUUUUUUAAUCGGUGUUUUUAGAAGCUUAUUUAAAGUUAACAAGAAAAAGAAUGGAAAAAAAAAAGAAGAGAGAGAGAGAGAGAGAGAGAGUUCGGUAUUGCACAAGAAAAAUGGCAAAUUACAAGCUGUACACCAUACGGUAUGUGCUGGUUGGUUAUAACUGAUAAA